AUGAGUAUUGUAAAUGCUAACAAUCAAAGUUAUUCUUUUAAAGACAGUGAACCUAGCAAGGCCUCAAAUUCAAUUAAUGUAAAAAACUAUUUUGAUAAGCUUCAAAAAAUAAUUCAAAAAGUUUUCUUAUUAUCAAACAAAUUUAGAAUAUAA